AUGAACUGCGAUGACGAAAAGGAAAAAAUUAACAACUCUGUGACGGCUUACACGGGCGAAAAGGGGGACGAAAAAAAAUUGCCCCUUUUCAACGGAUUUGAUGACUUCAAAAUUGAUUAUUCCUUCCACAAAAAAAAAAACUCUCCUUCCGGUGCAAUAAAAAACUCAUUAAACGAUGGGAAUGAUAGCAGCUCGGAUGAUAAAAAAGACGAUUUAAAAAAGUUGAUUCAAAUUAUAAAACAUAAUUACAUCGAUAAACUUUUUUAUUUUAAAAAAUUAAGCAUUCAUGAUUUGUACAAAAUAUUUGUCUACUCAAAUUUUUUAACAAAGUCAUUAAUUUUAUAUCCUUCUUUGAUUCCUCAUUUUGAAAUCAUUAUUGAGAGGGUGAAAAAAAUAAAAAACGAAGCUACCUUUCUAGGAGGCCAGGAUGAUGACCAUUUUGUCUUUCCCCCCCUGGACGCACCCCCCAACGAGGGUCAUCGGUUUGGAGCGAGCACCUUCAUUGAUAAUGCCAUAUUUACAAACGGUCCAGUUAAAAAUGAAAUAACUCGGGGAAAAAAUGCCGCAGAAACCGCGGAAAAGAAAGCCUUUCUUCUGAACAUCGGAAAAGACGCCAAAACAAGGAACACUUUCAUAUCUACCGAAUUAGACGUAAUGCAAGAUGACAUUCCCCAAAGCGAAAACGUACGAGGAAGCCACCCAUAUCGCACAAGAUAUAACAGUAAAGGGGGACCUACCCAUGCGGGCAACACAAAAUGUGACAAAAUAAAGACAGGUUCCUUCCCCGAGAUUGACGAUAUAGAUAAAAAAUUUCCCAACUGUAAUUACAACAGACAAGUAAUAGAUCAAAGGAAAGACGCAGACCUCUUUCCAUAUCAGGGACCAUCCAAUUAUGCAGGUAGAAAUGUGGACACACAAAAUGUUCCUCACAACACUAAGGUGAACGUGAAAAACUCAUCUGCUAUCCAUAAUAGCUACAUGAAGAAUGCCAACUGUGACUACGAUCAGACUAAUGGAAAUAAUGCCAUAAGUAGAGACAAUCCUAGCAUGUCCAUCCCAUCAAUGGACAAAAAUGUUCGUGUUUAUAAAAACAUAAAUGAGUAUGACAUAAUCGAGCUCAAAAUAAGCGCCUCUUUUAACAACAAAUAUAUUUGUCGCUAUAUAGGCAUCCACAGCGGAAUGACCUUAUACAACAUACACAGGUGCAUCUGCAUAUGCUUGGGCGUGAAGAAGGAAGACACGGACAACUACUUGCACGUUUUUAUAUUAAACAAUGGAAACAUUUAUGGGAGCGGUAAAAAAUGCAGCGUUAGCAUCAUCAGGAAAAUUCAGAUAAACACGGACCGACACAUUACCUUCAAGCACAUAGUCAAAACCCCGCUCUAUCUCUACAAAGCAAAGGACGCAAGUAAAAAUAACUUUUGCAACGAUUUUCCCGUCAACUGCUCAAACACGUUCGAUGAUAAGGCCUGUGCGAAUGGGGAAAGUCAGUACGGUGGAGAGAGCAAUCCGAACGAGGUGGUGCACAGCGAAAAUGAGAGCAGUCAAAAUAGUGGCUACCCAAGCGAGAACAGCCCAAAGAGCGGUGACCAACGCAUCGGUGACGCCAACCUGUACAACCCAGACACACACAACACAAACGUGGGUGCCAAUGUCAACGUAAUGGACAUUUCAACCCUUGGGCAAUCGAGGACUGGACAAACCUUUGUAGAAGCAAAUGCAAUGCCUAACUAUGAUAUGCUGAACAGCGUGGAGAAUGCAACACAGAUGAACCACUGCAAUGUUAGUAUACCCACAUUAGGUACCAUUGGUAAGGCAAACAAAUUUUCCAAUUUAACCAACUCGUCCAGCACCUUUUACACUCAUGUGGAUAGCAACAAACCUUACAACAUGAGUAAUAAUAUUAGCAAUAACGGAAGGAGUAUCUCCGGCGAGAGUCUGAACAGGACGGCAUGUAACAGGAUCAUGUGCUUUAGCUACAGUAGCCAACAAAGUGGGACAUUUACGGGGGAAUAUCCGCAUAAAAGCGGAGGUGUCAACAUGAGCAGUGGCAAUCCGAACGGAGGUAGAGCAAAUCGCAACGGCCCCUACGACCCAAGCGAAAACAACAUCAACUUAAGUAACUUCCCCAUUCAGAACAAAAAUAUCAAAACGAACGAAGAAUCAAAUAAUUUCCCCUUGAAGGAAUACCACUCCGACGUGGAACUACAAAAAGAUGGCCAAAAAGUAAACGACAAAAAUGACUGCGAUAUGAAGGGUCCACCUUCGGGUGAAAACUACUCAGGAGAGGAUGCCCAACAAAUGGAGGACGCCACUGCCGAAGAUGAUUACAAAGGGGAAAAAUGCAAAAGGGGACAAUAUUACAAAAAUUGGAACGAUAAAAAUGGAAGCCAUAUCAACCCGCAGAACGACACCCCCUUCCGCAGUAACGAAUCAACCCAUGCAGAUACGACCCAUGCGGACACAACCCAUGCUGAUGGGCACCCCCUAAACAAGCCAUGCGAAGAAGCACACAAAGUAUUAUCCCCCAAAACUGGUAGGGACACCUGUUACCUUUACACGAAUAGUCAGGAGGAAAAUUCAAGCUGCAUGUUUAACACAAUUUCGAGUGAUUCCAGCCCCUACAAGAACGCCACGUCUGCCACGUUUGCCAUGUCUACCAACUCACCUACAAAAAGUGAUCACCCUUUCAACGCCGGCAAUAAUUACAUAUCCAACGCACAACAGAAUGAUACACACAGCUACUACCAUCCUAAUGGAAUGAAAACUUCUGAACAACAUGAAUUUGCAAAUGAGGACCUGCAGUCAAAUUAUCCCUAUUCUAUAAAUCUGUCCCCCCAGUUUAGCCCCCAUAUGAAGUUUAAUCCCCCCCUUAGCAUGCACAAUUUGGAUGAGAAAAAUGGAACACAAAAUGGGCAAACCAUGGACGAUACAGACUAUCCAACAAUUGAUGGUAACUGCCCAAAUGAUGAUCCGUCGAACCCUUUUUUCUUCCCCAUGGGUGCUCUUCCCGACUAUCCCUACAAAAUAAACGGGCUAAAUACGCCAAAUUAUUUCUUCUACAAAAAUGGAAACGACCUCAGUGUUCAUUGCAAAAAUGCGCCAACCGCCUACAGUUAUAAUGAUCCCAUGCACAAUCAAGAGAACCACAUGGAGUACCAAAAUGUGAUGAACAACACUUUUCUCGAGAGAGACUUUUCCCAUGUUAGUAAUCCCAAUUGGUGCAUCCCCUAUGAACACUUUCCCCAGUCAAAUAAUGCCACUUAUGCGAAUGGAUCCUCGGAAACCUCCUACAUGGACAACACAUUUGCAGCUUCUCCGUUGGAUAACACUUUCAAUCCACAGCAGACAAACCACUACUGGGGUGAUUCAAAAUACGAAGCCGUUGAUUCGUCUAAGAGCUGUAAAAAUAAAGAAUACUCAGAAAUCUCGGAACGAAUAAAACAUAACAAUUCUGAUGAAUGUUGUGUUGCCACAAAUGCAGAGGAUAACGCCAUGAAGAACGUACAACCAAAUGGCGAUAAAGGCAUAACUGGAAAUAAUCCCCCAUGGGGCAAUUACAAUUCCACACCUAUAACGCAUCUAAGAACCCAUUUGAACAGCAAAAUGGAGAGUCAAGAAAAUCAUCCGGAGGUCCCAAAAGAAACAAUUGAAGUAUUGAGGAAAGAACCACCCCAAAAUUUUGUCGAACCGGACGCCCUGCAACGUCACCCAAGUGGGAGAACCGCUGAGCAAGGCGAACCGAAUGGAACAAACGAUUGUGCCGCUGAAAAUGACAUAAACAGGGAAGAUUCACGUAGAGAAGAACACCCUUUGGAAGAAGGCAAAAGGUACAAGGGAUUACAAUGUGGAAGCACCCCCAAAUGUAGUAAAAACGAGAAUGAUGUUGGACUAAGUAAGGAUGAAAUUAAUGACAAAAAAAACGUUGAAACGAACAGCGCAGAAUACCAAAAUGACGAAGAGGAACUUAAAAAAAGCCAACUGAAGGAGGAGACCCAGAAAAUGAAGCAUAGCCACCUUGUGGAAGGAACAAAAAAGGGAGAUACGCAGGAAGGGAAUGGCGAAGAAGCAAGCGGCACUCUCAGUGCUCACAGCACGGAUGACGAAAAUGCCAAAAAGGGCGGAAGAUCCAACCCUGUGACUUGCAACACCGCAUGUGAAGGAAAAUUGGGAGAUUCUACACAUGCCCAAGUGAUCCACCAGGAGAUCAUCACGAAGGGGAAUUUUAACCAAAUGGAAAAUGCACACACCUGCAACAUUUCAAACACAUACGAUGAUCCUAAGAAUAGCACCCCCGUUAGAACAGAACAGAAGGGAGGCUCCAAUUUUUACAACACUUUUAACGAUACAGAACGUGCAACGAAUGGGCAUAAAUCAGAUCAACAGGCUGAAUGCAGCCAUACAGGAAAAUCCCACACCCAGAAAGAAGAGAAAAAGGAACAGGAUUAUUCAUAUUUACAAAAUGGGGAGUACACAUCAGCGGGUCCCCAACUUCCGCGUGAACAGAAUGGAAACAAUGUCCCCCCCACCGGUUUAGUUCAAAGCGAAAAUAUAAAAAAAGGCUCCACAUAUGAAAAAACAAAUGAGGGGGAAACAAACAUACAAGGAAACAAGGAAGUGCUUCGAACAUCCACCGAAAAUUCAACCAACAGGGAAGUACACCAUUCUAGCAAGUUAAAUGGAAAAAACGCCUCUCCCUGUGGAGAUGCACCAAGCCGAGAAAGGAACACAGAGGAACCCAUUUUAGGUCCAGAAAAAAUGGAAUCAAAGGAGCAACACAACCAUUCGACAAUUGACAAAAAGGAUAAUUUCGAAGGCGAUAAAAAACAAGGAACUCAGGUAAUUCUCAGAAAUGACCAUUUUAACGAAGAUAGUGAAGGUAGCCAUUUUUUUACAUCUAACCAAAGGGAAGGUAUUCCCCCAAACGGCCUUACCGAAACGGAGCAACUCAUUCUAGAAUACCAUCCCCACUUAAAUGAAGAACUCAAUAGUGAAGAAGAUUCCCCUCCCUUGAACGAGCAAAAUACCUAUUUGCACCAUAUACAAAAGAUGGUUCUAAUUAAUCCACACGAAAGUAGCAGUUGUGUUAGCGGCAAUAUGCCCACUGGACCAAUGCACACAACUGAACUUAGCGAAUUCGAAAGAGAAGACAAGCCCAAUUUGUGCCCCCAACAAAAUGCAAAAGGGGAUUACAAACUGUGGGAACAUAAGUUAUAUAAGGAGAAUUUUUACACGAAUAGCAAAAUGAAUUAUCUGGAAGGGAACAUCACCCCCUGUUGUAGUAGCUCCCCAAAGAGUGGAGGUAAUACCAUCCCAAAUGAGUUCGCCGAUAAUUUUCACAAGACUACCCCUUUGGCAGACUACAACCCGUACAGCAAAUAUACCAACCAGAUGGUUAACAAAAAUCAAUAUUCGCUCAACUUGGAAAAUAAAAAUAGUGCCUAUCAUAAGACGUCACUUUAUUUUAAAAAGGAUCUUUCAAAUACGACUUACAUGCAAACAGAUAAUGAAAAAAACGACCAACCGAUCAAUGACCAUAAUCCCUACUACAUGAGCAUGCUACCGAUGAGUAAUAAAAAUGGGGUAGACUUCUUCACCCCGGGGAAGCACUACACGAAUAAUGGCAGCCUACACACCACUUCCAAUACUCUUAUGACCGUAGACACGGCAGUGGACACGACCGAUUAUAUGCACAGCAUCAGGCAUAGCACCCCGCACGGCAGUCCCCACAACACUGAGCGUAGUAGUCAGCAUGGAGAACAACAAGCCAACCAGAGGAACAGCCAAUGGAGCGAACCCCUUAACGGAAAACCAGGCUCAAAAGAAAACGCCACUUACUUCCCCCAUUUUAACACCCCCGAACGGGUCAAUGAAAACUAUCAACACACUUCCUAUAACAUUAUGCCAAAUGAAAAGUCUCUACCGGAAGAACCUCCAUUCUACGUUGGCUCACAUCCCCCGCACAAGGAAGCCGAUAAAGCAAGGUUCAAUUCCCACCUGUGCGAAGGUCAGAAGGAAAAAAUUGUACAAGAGGAAAAUUUCGAAAUUGACAAAAGUAAACAAAAGCGGAAUAACAUAGUGGGCCCUAAUCAGCAAUACACCCAUAGUGGUGACGGAGAAAUAACGCACAGUGACCAAAAUGUCUGCCCCAAUGUUGCACCUGCCAGGCCAUCCUCCCCUGCUUCUAUAAAUAAUGAUGGUGUGAAUUGUCCGACUCAACCUGUUAUGCAUACUUCACUCACGAACUUUGAAUACGAGUUUAGUUUGCAAAGAAACCUCCACUACGAUCACCACGAUUUGUACGGCACACACAAAACGAGUUACCACCCAUCCUACCCCCAAAGUGAUAACCCCACAAACAGUUACAAUGACAUUUCGUUCGAUGCGUCUACCUACCUGAUGAAUAGUAACACGAAUGACUACUCCAGUACCUUCAGCGUAGGAAACCUCAGAAAUGCAGACAAUAAUGUUAUAAAGGAGGACACCUACUACGGUAGUGUGGGUCAAGGGGGGUACUUAAACAUUAACCAAGCAGGGAUGCACAGCGCAGCGGGGGGCACCUUCAUGCAUGUAGAAGAAAUGAGACAACGAAAUUUCGCCACGACGCACGAUAUGCCUUCUAAUCACUACGCCCAAAUGAUGCCCUAUGAGGGGGAUAUCAAUUUGAAGCACCUGCAAGAGGAUAACAUCACCAUAAGCGAAUGCAUAAAUUCUGCCAACGUGAAAGGAAAAAACGAAAGAAGCAGUGAGGAAAAGCAAAGGGAUAACGAACAAAGCGAAAAGGGCAGUGAAAAGGGUAGCGAAAAGGGUAGUGAAAAAAGCAGUGAACAGAGCGAACGAAGUGAGAGAACCUUCGAAGAAAACAAAUCGAGCUUCUCUAUGCUCUACCUCUUUGGAAAAGUAAAGUUCAACAUCAGCAUCAUCGACAUAAUACACAACAAGACCAAUUCGCAUGACCUUCUGUGGGUCCCCAGGUGCUGCAACGGAAGCUACGGAACGUUCUUAAAAAAUAACUACCUAAACGCCAACGAAAUAGAUAAGCACGUGCCGGAAGAACACAUCGAUAUCGACUGCAUAAAUCUAAAACUUAUGGAAACCAGGUUCAGCAAAAAUGUAGCUAGCUCAAGAACCACCAAAAGGAAAAGGAUGAUUGACAUUGACAAAACGGUGUUGCACUUUUACAAAGAACACAUUAGCGAAUUUUUCAACAAUAAAAAUAAAAUUAUUAGACUGACUAAAAAAUUGUGCAAGUAUAAAAAGAAACGGAAAUAUAAUAGCAGCGAUAAUGGGAAGGGUACCGGCAAGGGUGCCCCGAAAAGUACGUCCAAGAGUACCCUCAAAGGUACCCCCAAAGGUACGUCCAAAGGCGACGAGGAAAACAACGCCCACCCAUACGGAAAAUCCAAAUGUGGGAACAGCAAGACGGCCAAUAAAACAAAAUAUAAGGGGAAGAAGAACGUAAGCCGCCAGGAUUCCCUAGGGGAGGACGCCAAGGGGGAUCCCAGCAUCGACGGUGAAAAUGGUACACAGCGCAGUGAGGAAAAUGACGCCCUUAAUGAGUCAGACGCUUAUGCGAAUAGUUACGCCACAAACUACGCCAAUGACCAAGCACACCCGAACUAUUAUCACCAACCCCGGGAUGACAACAGAGACUAUUACCACUUCAACACGCGAAACGAACUCAGUGCGAACCAAAUGCAUGCAGCCAAUGUGGGAGAACACAACUACCUCCUUCACGAACACGUGAACAGAAACGUCAACAGAAUGGCAAUACAGAAUGACCUCCUCCAAAACGAUCAAUUCUUUAACGACCCUUUUGUUAAUAACAUGUUGGGUGAUAUGUCCACCCGAAACGUCAGUAGAAAUAAUUUUUUCCCAAAUUUAAUGUAUCAAAAUUUUAGUGAACAGAGUGAUGUUCUCUCGACUCACCAUCAGGAUCACCAUCAGAUGGGGACCUAUCCAAACCUGCAUGAGGAAGGUUCCCCAAAUGGCGGCGCCCUCAGCAACCUUCCUCCAACCACCUACUACAACCAGCCAACUAGCCAAUACUUCUUUAACAACAAUCCAAACGCCUUUAAAUCGAACUUUGCAAAUAAUGCGAAUACACGAAAAGGAAAAAAUCAGAACAAAUCCCAAAUGAGUUCUUUCAACGGAAACAACGCAGACACGAAAAGUGCACUGAACUUGUCACAUAUACUUGAAGGGAAUAAUAAUUUUAUUAACAUUUCUAACACGUUUAUUAACACAAAUUUUGCGAAGGAGCUUCACCAGACGAACGACCUGUUGGUCAAUCAGAACAACUUCGAUUUGAAUGUUAUGUCUGGGGGAAUAAAUGCGACGAACCAGUUUACCCAGUAG